GAACUGACCCCAUUGUCGUGUUCAAGUCUUCAACACAACUCCAUCCUAUCUGGCUAUCUUUCCCCAAUUCCCCCCCAUCCCUAUGUACUCCGCAGCUCUUAGCUGCUGUUCGACGAAUGGUGGAGUGUUUCCCAAUCUAUAAUCAUUUCUCUUAAUUUUUCAUCAUUUCCGAACUCAUAAAGCGCAUUCUAGAAUAUAGCUUAGCAUUUCCAGAAUUUUGAUUGAUUUACUUGGGCAAUAAGGGGUGAAUUUCUCCUUUCGGAUUUUUGUUGUUACUGUGAGCUGAGGAAAUGCCUGGCAUAGUUUCAUUGAAAACGCCGCCGCAAGCUCCUCCGUUGAGAAUUCUAGUUCCGGAGGGGAGUGAAAGUCAGAUCGGAGCCAGUUCAGGUAGAUCCGAGCAUGUUAACGCCAAAUCGAGCUCGCCUGCUCAACGGCGUCCUCCCUCUCCUUCUCCGUCCUCCUCCCGAGCCAAGCCGUCUCCAGAUCGGGGAUCCGGAAAGAAGAAAUCGCCUCCUGAGAAGGCGGUUAUGUAUGAAUCUUCCCUGGACAACCCGGAUCUCGGGCCAUUCCUCUUGAAGCUGGCUAGGGAUACGAUUGCGUCCGGUGAGGGCCCGAAUAAGGCUUUGGAUUAUGCUCUCCGGGCCUCGAAAUCAUUUGAGAGGUGCAUUGUAGACGGCGAGCCCAGUCUCGACCUGGCGAUGAGUCUGCAUGUUUUGGCUGCUAUUUACUGUAGCUUGGGCAGGUUUGAGGAAGCUCUUCCGGUGCUGGAGAGAGCCAUCAGGGUGCCGGAUACCUCUAAAGGUGCGGAUCACGCGCUUGCUGCUUUCUCUGGGCAUAUGCAGCUGGGAGAUACUCAUUCCAUGCUCGGUCAGCUGGAUCGAUCGAUUGAGUGUUACACAGAGGGCCUAAAAGUUCAGAUUGAUGCUUUAGGAGAUACUGACUCCCGAGUUGCAGAGACUUGCAGGUACCUGGCUGAGGCACAUGUUCAGGCAAUGCAAUUUGACGAGGCUGAAGUUUUGUCUAAAAGAACACUUGAAAUACAUAGAGUCCACAGCCCGCCAGCAUCUCUGGAAGAAGCUGCUGAUCGGCGGUUAAUGGCUCUUAUAUGUGAGGCAAAAGGUGAUUAUGAAUCUGCACUGGAACACCUUGUGCUUGCCAGUAUGGCAAUGAUUGCCAACGGACAAGAGAAUGAGGUUGCUUCCAUUGAUGUUAGCAUUGGUAACAUCUAUUUGUCUCUGUCUCGCUUUGAUGAGGCUGUUUUCUCCUAUCAAAAGGCACUUAUUGUCUUCAAAUCAUCAAAGGGGGAUAACCAUCCCUCGGUUGCCUCUGUUUUUGUGAGGCUUGCUGAUUUGUACUACAAGACAGGUAAGCUAAGGGAGUCCCGAUCAUAUUGCGAGAAUGCCCUUAGGAUAUAUGCAAAGCCCGUGCCCGGAACAACUGCAGAAGAUAUUGCUAGCGGAAUGGCAGAAAUUUCUGCCAUAUAUGAACUGUUUAACGAACCAGAGGAAGCACUAAAGCUGUUGUCUAAGGCUUUGAAGUUGUUGGAGGAUAAACCGGGGCAACACAGUACAAUAACUGGGAUAGAGGCAAGGAUGGGUGUGAUGUUCUAUAUGUUGGGAAGAUAUGAUGAAGCAAGAAGCUCUUUCGAGAGUGCAGUGGCAAAACUCAGAGCCAGUGGUGAGAAGAAAUCGGCCUUCUUCGGAGUGGUGUUAAACCAGAUGGGGCUGUCAUCUGUACAGUUGUUCAAAAUUGACGAGGCUGCUGAACUGUUCGAAGAAGCCAGAGGAAUCUUGGAACAUGAGUGUGGCCCUUGUCAUCAAGAUACACUUGGUGUGUACAGUAACCUUGCGGCAACUUACGAUGCAAUGGGGAGGGUUGAAGAUGCAAUUGAAAUUUUGGAGUAUCUUCUUAAAUUGAGAGAGGAGAAGCUUGGUACAGCAAAUCCUGACUUUGAUGAUGAGAAGAAAAGGCUGGCUGAGCUCCUAAAAGAAGCGGGCAAGUCUAGGAACAAGAAGGCCAAAUCGCUUGAAAACCUCAUCGACCCUAAUUCGAAGAGGACCAAGAAAGAGUCGUCAUCAAAGAAGUGGUCUGCUUUUGGCUUUAGAAGCUAACACUCUUGUGCAAUAUCUAUCCUCUCCACUAGCUUCAAGGGAAGCAUGCAUAUUCUGUAGCAUAGAAGAUCGUGUAUAGUUAAUCCUUAAUCUGGUAAGGCCUCUUGUUUCUUGGCUGGUUUGGAUUGGCAUUGCUUUUAAUUCUUGUUCUAUAUUUGUUUGAUGCUCUGAGAAAAGACUUGCUUUCCUUGCAUUUCUAUUUCUUUUAAUUUUUUUAAUAUUCAUUUGUAUGACCCAACUGCAUUUGAAUAUGCACAAAUGAAUUCGAUGUCCUCGUUCUUGAUCUUCUUUGUAGUUUAGCUGUUCAUGAUAUACAAAUUGUUGUAAUAUUUUUAUUUUAUGUUGGUCUUUUUU